AGCCGGGCCCCGGCCUCCCGGGCGCGCGUGGAUGCCUCCUCCUGGACGGCGCGAUGGGGCCCUUCUGGGAGAGAAAGGGUGCCUCCUCCUGGACGGCGGCGGCGGCGGCGGCGCGGGGACCCGGCGGGCAGCGGAGCGAUGGGACCCCUUCGAGAGACCAAGAAGGAGCAGAGAGUGCAGCAUCAUGAGAAGGAGAUUUCCAGAAGCCGAAUUCCCCGUUUGAUUCUUCGGCCCCAUCUGCCCCAGCAACAGCACAAAGUGUCCCCAGCCUCUGAGUCUCCCUUCUCUGAGGAAGAGAGCAGAGAGUUCAACCCCAGCAGCUCUGGGCGCUCAGCGAGGACCAUUAGCAGCAACAGCUUCUGCUCAGAUGACACAGGCUGUCCCAGUAGUCAGUCAGUGUCUCCUGUGAAGACACCCUCGGAUACCGGAAACAGCCCUGUUGGCUUUUGCCCUGGAAGUGAUGAAGACUUUUCCAGAAAGAAAUGCACAGUUGGAAUGGUUAGUGAAGGAAGCAUCCAGUCAUCUCGAUAUAAGAAGGAACCAAAAUCAGGCCUUGUAAAGCCAGGUAGCGAAGCUGAUUUUAGCUCCUCAAGCAGCACGGGCAGCAUUUCCGCUCCUGAGGUCCAUAUGUCUGCUGCGGGAAGCAAGCGGUCCUCCUUUUCACGCAACCGAGGUCCCCAUGGGCGGAGUAAUGGAGCUUCAUCGUACAAGUCUGGCAACAGCCCCCCCUCCCCACAGGAGAAGGACUUCCUGUCCAUGCUGUGCAGGAAUCAGCUGAGUCCCGUUAACAUCCAUCCCAGCUAUGCGCCUUCUUCCCCAAGUAGUAGCAACUCCGGCUCCUACAAAGGAAGUGACUGCAGCCCAGUCAUGAGGCGGUCUGGAAGGUACAUGUCCUGUGGUGAAAAUCAUGGUGUCAAACCCCCAAACCCAGAGCAAUAUUUGACUCCUCUGCAGCAAAAAGAGGUUACAGUGAGACACCUGAAGACCAAGCUGAAGGAAUCGGAGCGCCGGCUUCAUGAAAGGGAAAGCGAGAUUGUGGAGCUCAAGUCCCAGCUGGCCCGGAUGAGGGAAGACUGGAUUGAAGAAGAGUGCCACCGCGUGGAGGCCCAGCUGGCCCUGAAGGAAGCCAGGAAGGAGAUCAAACAGCUCAAACAGGUCAUCGAAACUAUGAGGAGCAGCUUGGCUGAUAAAGAUAAAGGCAUUCAGAAAUAUUUUGUGGACAUAAAUAUUCAAAACAAGAAGUUGGAGUCUCUACUGCAGAGCAUGGAGAUGGCGCACAGUGGCUCCCUGAGGGAUGAACUGUGCCUGGACUUCCCAUGCGAUUCCCCAGAGAACAGCUUCCCCCUCGGCACCCCUUUCGGCAAGAUGGCAGACGGGCUGUCUCCGGAGGAGCAGGGCACCGAGGAAGGGGCCGACGGCGAGCCGCUGGUGGGAGACGGUCUGGCCGACCGCACAGAUUUGCUGGAUGGCAUGGUGACCACCGCCACCGCAGAGGCGGGCAACCUGGAGCUCCUUCACCCCGCCCCCGCGGCAGCGGCCCUCGACGGCCUCCCCCUGGCGGUGGGGGAGGAAGAGGGCAGUGCGGUGGUGGAGCGAGCGGUGCAGACCGACGUGGUGCCCUACAGCCCCGCCGUCUCGGAGCUCAUUCAGCACGUGCUCCAGCUCCGGGACCCGUGGCCCUCGAGCUCAGCAUCGCCUGACGAGUCCGGGGCUGACUCGACAGAAAGCUUCCCCGAGUCCAUCUCUGCGUUCAUGGUGGAUUUAACGCCAAGAAACCCCAACUCGGCCAUCCUUUUGUCUCCCGUGGAGACCCCCUCCGCCACGGUGGAUCCGGAAGCUCCCGCAACCCGCCUCAUGAGCGAGCUGGAUUUUGCAGGCCCCACGGAAGAGAGGUUGGACGGCAUCAUCCCGCUGUCGCGCGGGGCCGUAGGGACGCAGUACUGGAGCAGCAGCUUCUUGGUGGAUCUCCUGGCUGUGGCUGCCCCCGUGGUCCCCACUGUUCUGUGGGCAUUCAGUACUCAGAGAGGGGGGACAGAUCCCGUUUACAACAUCGGGGCCUUGCUCCGGGGCUGCUGUGUGGUCGCCCUGCAUUCGCUCCGCCGCACCGCCUUUCACAUCAAAACCUAA